CUGCCCCCGUAUCAGUCCGUGCAGCGCCGGGGCCAUAUUUGUUGAUGUGUCACCUCAAGAAAACAGAGCAGUGGACGAUCAGUGGCUUAAGAUCAGCUCUAGUAUCAUGAUUAUCAGCCUCAGCAAAUGGAUUUAACAGGUCUGGAGCUUUAGAGGAGUAUGGAGCAGCCUGAUUGCCAGGAAGAACAGCACUCAGCCUCUGACCCUCCUGAGACCUCCAAGGUUAACUCAAUAUCUACAGGGUCAUCAAAAGACAGCAGUGAUGGUGGUGGAAAUGAGUUGAUCGGUGUGGAAGGGAAUAGUUCUGCUAAUGAUGCUGAAACUGAUCAGGACUCUCUGGAUUGCACACAGUCUAAUGGUGCAGAUGGAGUAGAGCUGAGGCUACACCUGGACCACACGCAAGGCCAGGAAGGAGCAAAUGGAGAGGAUGGGCAAGGUGAUGGCAACACCAGCUGUGACAGUGGAACAGCUUCUUUAGACGAUGCCAGAACUCCCCCAGCUCAUCACAAUGGGCUAGUAGAGACAUUGCCUGUAGUUCUGGAUGGGACAGAAGAGGAUUUGUCAAGUACCUCUGCAAGGCCAGAGGAAUCUUCUUUGUCAGUUCCAGAGGAGAUAUCUGUGAAUAGUGUAUUAGAACCUUCACCUUCUGAAUUGGACAACACUUCCUCAGUUGAAUUAAACACCUCAGAGGAUGCUGCCAAAACCCAAGCUCAAACCUCAGUCAUCAAUCAGACUGGUAAAGAUACAAGCUCAGAUUCAGCAGGUUCAACACAGACUGAGGAAACGCCACAACACUUUGAUUCAAUGACAAACUCUAACCUGUACGAUACAGACUGCAGCAGAAAGCUGAUGUCUGAGAUCCAACGCUCCAUCUCUCAGGAGUCUUUACUGGAUGAGCUGGAGUCAGAGCUGCUGAACUGUCAGCUAUCAGAGCAGAGUAACUACAGAACAAGCCCUCCAAAUGGCAUGCUCAAAGACCCGGGCUCCAUGGUUGUUUUUGAGAAAUGUGUGCAGUACAAGUACUCUCAACAGGAGAAGGCCAUCAAAAGGUUGCUGGAUGAGAAUAAGAAGCACCAGGAGCUGAUAUUGGGCAUCUGUUCCGAAAAAGACAACAUGAGAGAGGAACUCAAGAAGAGGAUGGAGACUGAAAAACAGCACAUUUGCACCAUUAAGAAGUUUGAGAGCAGGGUGGAGGAACUACUGAAAGAACUGAAAGAAUCCAAGGACAAACUGGUUCACCAGGAUCAAGCUGCUAAAGGUGCUGUCCAGCAGAUGCAACGGGAGAUGGCCUACCGCCUGGAGCAGGCUAGUAAGAAGUGUGAAGAGGCCCGGCAGGAGAAGGAGUCGAUGGUUAUGAAGUAUGUGAGGGGGGAAAAGGAAGCGCUGGACUUGCGCAGGGACAAGGAGCAGUUGGAGAGAAAACUGAGGGAGGCCACAGCGGAGGUGGACAAACAGGCCAGGAGGGGGAACCAACUAGCCCAGGAGAAAGGAAGGCUUCAGCAACUACAUGAAGCGAAGGAGAAUGAAAUGGCCAGGUUGUCUCGGGAGCUGGAGAAAGUCAAGGAGGAGAUCAACUCCCAUGUGAUUAAAGUGAAGUGGGCACAGAACAAACUGAAGAGUGAGACGGAUGCUCACAAGGAAACAAAGGACAAAUUGAAAGAGACAACAGCGAAGUUGACCCAGGCUAAGGAGGAAACAGAACAAAUACGCAAGAAUUGCCAGGACAUGAUUCGUACAUAUCAGGAGUCAGAGGAAAUUAAGUCUAAUGAGUUGGAUGCGAAGCUGCGGGAGACGAAGGGAGAGCUGGAGAAGCACAAGCAGGAACAGACAGACCAGCUGGAGAUGCACCAAGCCAAGAUUAAGGAACUGGACGAUCUGAAAAGGACCUUCAAAGAAGGCAUGGAUGAGCUUACCACUCUCAGAACUAAGGUGAAGUGUCUGGAGGAUGAGAGGCCUCGGUGGGAGGAUGAGCUGUGUAAAUAUAGAGAGAUCAUCAACAGACAGAAGUCUGAGAUCCAGAAUCAGCGUGAGAAGCUGGGUGCCAUCCAAAGGUUAGAAGAGCAGCAUGAGAGAGAUGAACAGGAGAUCGCAGCCCUAAAGGAUGAGGUGGAAAGUCUAAAUUCUCAGACCGCUGAUCUGCAGAAGGAUGUUCAGGGCGGUCGAGUGCGGGAGGCUGAGCUCCUUGGCUUCACUGAGAGGCUGACGAGCAAGAACGCACAGCUGCAAUCUGAGAGCAACGGCCUGCAGGCCCAGCUGGACCGCUUGGCCGCCAGCUCUAGAGAUCUGCAGAGCCGACUGGAAGAGACAGAGCGAUCCCUUGCAGACAUGACUGCCAGGCUGAAGAAAGAAGAGCAGCAGAGGCAGAGUGAAGUCCAGACACUACAGGCAGAGAGGACUGCACUGCAAUCGGAGACUGCUCAGCUGAAGACACGUGUAGAAGAGCUCAGAGACGAGCUGGUCACACAGAAGAGAAAGCAGGCAGCCAACAUCAAGGAUCUCACGAAGCAGCUCACGCAAGCUCGCAAGAAGCUGGAGCAGGUGGAGAAUGGUGGCUGUGAUCGGGAGGGCAGUAGCAUGGGCAGUCGCUCCAGCUCCUCAGGCUCUUUGAAUGCACGAGGCAGCAGUACGGAUGAUCGUUCUCCUGAGAACCAGUCAGGGCCAUCGGUGGUGGUGGUCGACAGCUUUCCAGAGGUGGACAAGGCCGUGUUGGUGGAACGCAUUGUGCGGCUGCAGAAAGCCCAUGCCCGCAAGAAUGAAAAAAUCGAAUUCUUGGAGGACCACAUUAAACAGCUAGUGGAGGAGAUCCGGAAAAAGACAAAAAUUAUCCAGAGCUAUGUACUGAGGGAGGAGUCGGGCGCCCUCUCGUCUGAGGCUUCAGACUUUAACAAAGCUCACCUCAGUAAGAGGGGGGGCAUCAUGGCCUCUCUGUACACCUCACACCCGGCUGACAGCGGCCUCACACUUGACCUCUCGCUGGAGAUCAACCGCAAGCUCCAGGCUGUGCUAGAGGACACGCUGCUCAAGAACAUCACACUGAAGGAGAAUCUCCAAACCCUGGGCUCAGAAAUCGAGAGACUGAUAAAACAGCAGCGGCCACAUGAACACACUGUCAGCAGGAAGUGACGGCGCUGCUCUCAGUGAAGAAGUGGGUACAUGCUAGAGGAGGUGGUCACUGAUGGCGGACCAAGUUUACCAGGAGUUCAGGUGCUCUGAAGGACCAACCUCUGUGGAUUUAACUCACAAGGACUUGAAUAUACACACAAACAUGCACAUACAGUACGUGAUCAUCAUACAUGCUUCCACAUGACCAUUUGACCAGUUGAAUAAAGGGAGAGGCCAAGCAGCCAGAAAGUAACCGUCCUCUUAAAAGGGGUUUCCUUCAUCUAAUUUCUGUUCUUGCUGCUUGCUAACUGGCUAACUCCUCCUUUAAUGUGCUUUGUACUCACACAAACAUGCUUCACACACAUGUCCAGUGUGAGCUUCUCUGUGGAAUGUAGCUACUGCACCUGCCCAACAUGACCUGAGCCACUCUCUUAAGCUCCCAGCAUAAUUGCACAACCCAGUGGCUUGCAAGUUAUAAAGGCCAUAAGAUGAAUGAAUGGAUGAGUUAAUUAAUGAGUGAGUGAACGAGUGUCCUGAUGAAGGUACUUCCAUUUUCCCCUGAAGAAUUGAAAGUGCUUGACCCUACUAAUGGAGUCCUGUUGGGAAAUAGGGAUUCAGCGGGUAAUGGUGCAUUUCAGACACAGAAAACUGCUCCAGACCCGCUCCUCUUUAUUAUCUCGCCACAUAGAGGCGAAAGCUUCUUUCAUUCGCCCAUGAUGUAUACGUGCCAAUUACUGAAUGUGUUGCAUAACGAGCAGACCCUAAUGCACACUCCCACAUGUUCUAGCCUGAGAGAGAGAGUGCAAGAGCGAAAGAGUGAGGGGACAUUGUUUCCUCAUAAGGUUCUCUUCCAACCGGAUGCCAUUUUCUCUCUGUGGCCCUUGUGAAGCACUUAAGCGAGAAAGGCCAUGCCAAAAAAUACAGCGCCUGCCUGCACUUUGCCCAAAUUAAGUGUCUUGUUGAGGAAUAAUACAGAUUAAUCAUAAUGAUAACUACAUCUGAAAGAGUUGGGUAGUCUAAGGCUGGUCUUUAGUAAGUGAGCUUAUGGUCUGGUUUUUAUUUAUUUAUUUUCCUGCUGGUCUAAAUGAAUUAAGUUCUUAUUAAAUCAAUACGUCAUGAAUGUUUUUUUUUUUCCUUGUUCUUUAGUUUUUUCUUUUGUCCUGCUUGCUGUGGGGAUUUCAACCUCUGCCUCUUGUCCUCUGUCGAAACUGCCAGUAUUUAUGUUUUAAUUUUUGGCGUACACACUUUUUCCCCUCUCUAAUGCUGUUUGUGUUUCCUUGAACGAAGUUAUUGUAAGGCUGAAUUAAAAAGGCAGUUACUCAUUUAGCUGCGGUUUAAAGGGAUAAGUGGGGAAAGCCCGGUUAACUGAAGGAGACAUUGUAAAUAUUGAGGGCAUAAGUGCAAUUCUGUUUUUUACCCCUCUGUAAUUGUAAGAGAGGUUGACCCAUUCAUAAAACAUGCCUGAGCUCCCAUCACCGCCCGCAGCUAAUGUCCCAUUUAAAGACCCAAAAACAGUUGAUUUGUAGCCUUGUGUGGCUGUGUUCUGUCAACUGGAGAAUUCUACUCUGCAUUUGGAAGAGUCCAGAAUUAAAACCCUAAUUGGCUGGAUGGAUUUCUUUUUUCAUCUUUCCUUUUUUUUUUACACCUAUGGAAGGUGAAAGUAUGAAGGAUUAUGUAUCGGACCACCUCAUGACUUUAUCUGUCAGCCUUUGUCCAGCCAUCAAGCCCAGCUAAGAAUGAACUGUAAAAACGAAAAGAAAAUUCAAUACCUGCCUACCGCACUGCAACUGGAGCCAAUUCAAGCCUACUUCCUUUUCAAAAUGCACUGUCUGCGUAUUUUCCCUCCACACUCCGUCAUCCUAAAACACGCCACAGACAUUCCCUGCAAACAAAGAAGACAAGAAGACUAAAUAAGAUAUUUAUGCAAUGUUAGGAUAACCUAUAUUUACAUGGAGGCCUGAACUCCAGGACGAACACUGUCAAAUCUGUCAAUGAUUCUUCAAGGGACUUUUUCCUAAUUUAUUCAAUGUCCAGCUGAAAUUAUCUGUUGAAGUAUGAAGUGACAAAUUAUCUCUGGAAUUUUGAAUGUGUGUGAGUGUAUAAGUGCGAGUGUGGUGAAUCAUAAUUGAUGAAGAGAAACAAAAGAAGAAAAAAGAGAGAAAAAAGAAUUGUGUUGAUUCUGUUGCUGGUCUGUCCUCUAUGCUUUGUUUGAUUGAGUAGUCUGUCAAACUGUGAUGAUUAUACAUUUGUAGAUAUGAGGUCCUGUACAAUGGUCUAAUGUUUUUAAAGCUAUGUUUCUUGAUUCCUUUCUGUAUAUAUGGUGCUUACAGGGAAUUAAAGAAAAUGUGGCGGUGUCCACCGAAACCA